GCACUGUGGGAGCGAGGCGAUGAGCCUCUAGAGCGGCGGCGGGACGGGGAGGGAAAGGCUCUUGCGCGCGUGCGCGUUCUCCCUCGUCACGUUCGGCUUUUCCUCGUCUCUUCCCGUUCCCAUAAUGCUCUGCCGCUUCCGUCACUGACGGCUUGUCGCAAACGCGAAGUCCUCGUUCUGCCGGUGGUGGAUUCCAUCAGUCUCCCCUCACAGCUUGCCCGCCGCCACCACCACCCCCCAGCCGAGCCCCCCUCCCCUCCGCUUGGCGCUUAAGCAAAGGCGUGGGGGUCGCUUUUGCUUCUGGGCCUCGGCGGCGUCUUCUUCCCUUCCCCCCACCCGUUCUCUUCCCUCCUCUUCCUCCUCCCCCCCUUCCGAAAUGCCCCCCAAAAAACAGGCACCGGCAGCAUCGGGGGCGGGUAACAAAAAGGCAGAUCAGAAAAAGAAGGAGAAGAUCAUCGAGGUGAGACAAUUUAGGCCCAUUGUCGUGGGGGGGUUCAUGCUCUGUUUGGGGCUGUACCACUAAGGACUGCAGGGAAAGCUUUUUAACAGCGUGGCCUCCAAACCUACCCAAUGUGUGCCCUGCAUGUAGAAAGCUAACAUUUUAGGAAGGAGGGAAGUUUCAGCUCAUGUCAUUUCUCCCAGACAUGUUCUGGGGUGGUGGGUGUUUUCGUCUAGAGAACCAAUAAACCAGGAGAUUCCCCCCCCCCUUUGCAUUCUGAUUUUGUGCUAUCCAGACACAGAGGUAGGCAACUUUUAGCAGGGUAGUGAAGAUGCCACCUCUCUGUAAUUACCUGCUUCGCUGGACUUGGCUGGACAGGUUUCGGAGGCUGCACUGAUUCUGGUCCUGAGCCGAGUCCAAGAUCCUCAGGUGGUGUCAUAAAUUAGUAUUGCCAUUCCUGUUUAUGUGCUCUCUGCUCCUGUUAAUUAUUACAAGGCUUUAAAGCAGGGCUGGGGAACAUGUGGCUUUCCAGAUGUUGAUGGAUUAUCACUCCCAUCAUCCCUGACCUUUGGCCAGAUUGGCUUGGGCUGAUGGGAAUUGGGAGUCCCCACAGAAUCAGGAAGGCCCACAGCUUAGCCACCUGUUUUAAAGAAGCUAUAGGUACUGGAUAUCUCUUAAACAAUGCCAACUUUGGAGUAAUGCACAGGACUAUAUGCCUCAUAUUUUUCUAUCAGUAUUAUUUUUCAGAGGGUAUAUUUCAGUAUUAUUUAGAAAGUGGCAUGGUAAUAAAUAAAAAGGCUGAGCCCAGGCAUUUGUUUCCAAUGCCACUUAACUUCCUUCUAUAGUCAGGUCAUUGAUUCUUCUAGUCUGGUAUUGUUUACAUUGGUUGGCAGCUGCACUUUUAAUGAGGCCUUUCCUAGCCCUACAUAUUUACCAGGGAUUGAACUUGGACCCUUUCUCAUGCAAGUCAUACAAAACAUGUACUCUGUGCACUGAACUAUGGUGGUAAAAUUCCUACACAUCAUUAUUAUGGGAAAGGCUUCCAAAUUCCUGAUCAAAGGGUCAUGUUUUCAGGUAGAUAAGCCCUCCAGCAUCUCUUCAAAAGAGUAAAGUACUGAAAGAUACAAAACGAUUUGUAAUGGUGGGAUUAAGAGAGCUGCAGAAUAUUUUGCUUCCAUUUUAAUUGGUCAUCUAAACAUGGCUAUUGUAAUUCUAAAUUGUAGUUUGUUCUAAUCCACGAACUCAUAAACCUUUAAGUUCUUUUAAAAAGAAUUAUCACAAUUCUGUAGUUACUAAAAAGUUCUUGAUAACUGGGUAGGCUCACCCUCCUUUAUUUGCAUGGCUCUAUUGAAUCAUCAGAUUUUAUCACUGAAGAGAAUAUUAGAUACACAUUGCAAGACAGAUGUAUAUGAUUUAAACUGAGCUGUAAAGAGCCUUCAUAGGAGAUUUAUACUAGAAUUGGUGUUUUUUGUCACUAGAUAGCAGUUAAAAUGUAUUUAUUUUCUAACAGAGUUACAAGUAAAAAGGUUUUAUUUAGAGUUUUAAGUGUUUGACUAAACAGAUGUGCACUAAAAGUGAAUGAGUGUUAAACUACAUUUUCUACACAUUGAAAAAUCAUGCUAGCUAAUAACAUUCCUACAAACCUUUGAAAUUAGGACAAAACCUUUGGCUUGAAGAAUAAGAAAGGAGCGAAACAGCAAAAGUUUAUCAAGGCUGUGACCCAUCAAGUUAAGUUCGGUCAGCAAAACCCACGGCAGGUAAGUAAAUGUUUACUUGGCUUCACUGUUCUCUCUUUGCACUUGUUAUAAUUUGAUUGCUUUUUCUAUUAUGUUGCAUUAUAGGAGUGUGGAGCUGUCAGAAGAUGGGACAAUUAAGUUAGGUCCUUCUUUGUUGGAUAAAUUUGUGUUAAGGGGCAGCCAUUAUGCUUAUGGAUGUAUUGUGAGAUUAGGCCAUACUCACAGCAGAAAAAGAGUUGAUGGGCUGUAGUUAGCCCUUGGGCUACAUGGAACAGUUCAAUAUAUAUUAAUGUGUCUUUAAAAUUUUUUUAUUAUAUUUAUAUCUCGUCUUUUUCCCAGACUGGGACUCAAUGUGGUUUACAGAUGAAAUAGAAAAAAAAGAAAGAAUAAUAAUAAUUGAAAAGUAAUUAAAUACUUGUACAAUGAAUAUAUAGUAUCUGUAUGGAAUAUAGAUAAUAACAAUAAAAUGCCAAAAUAUGGUUCUUUAAAAAGGUAAGAAAAUGCUUUCAAACUCCUCACAGCUGCGCCAGAGAGGAGAGGGAAACACACAAGUCCAGGUUAUGCACAGGCUCGUUCCGCUUAUAAUGUCUGGAAAAAGGCCAUUAUGAAUUAUGUUUUAUGGAUAUUGUAUCAUGCACUUUGUCUUAAGAGUUGUGGUAUGCACUUAUGCACCCCCCUGUGGUCUUGUAAAUACCUGUUCUGUGUGUUGUUUUAGGCUGGUCAAGCAGAAGGUGACAAGAAACUAAAGAAAGAUGAUAAGAAGAAAGAAUUACAGGAGCUGAAUGAGCUUUUCAAACCUGUGGUUGCUGCACAGAAAAUCAGUAAAGGCAAGCUUUCUUUGGAUGAUUUCCAUUUUCCUGCCUCAGUGCAUCUCAGAUUUAUGUAUUACUUGUUCUGGAAAGGUACUAAAUAAUCAGCAUAUCUUGCAGGUGCCGAUCCAAAAUCAGUAGUCUGUGCUUUCUUCAAGCAAGGGCAAUGCACAAAAGGGGACAAGUGCAAAUUUUCUCAUGACUUGACCUUGGAGAGAAAGUGUGAAAAGAGGAGUGUUUACAUUGAUGCCAGAGAUGAAGAUCUCGAAAAGGGUAGGUUACUUCUUGAAAAUUGCAGACAAAUUAUUUUUCUGUUGUAGUUUUUAGAACAAGUCAUGUCUUUGAGGAAGUAGAUAUAAAUGCAAGUCUAAAUAGGUGGUUCUUCUCUUCAUUGGAUUUUCAUAUAUACUUAUGUAAAGGACAAAUUACUUGCAUUUCUACAGAUUCACUGUGAUCUGUGCUUUCAAUUUUUAUAAGCAUUUAAACCAGGGUUAAAAUUGGUUAAAAAUGAUCUGGGAUGAUGACUCUCCAGCCCAUGAGCCAAUCUUGUCGUGCCAGGGGGUCCAUCUUUGGAUUUUUUUUUCCCUUUGCAAACAGCAAAUAGGCUUUAAAACAAUGCUAUACUGGUUUUGGAAGUCUCGACAGUUGGGACUUCAAAGUGCAGCAUCAGCUGGCAUAGUGAUGUCAUAGCAGCUGCAUUCAUCUGUCACAUUUGGCCCACCAGGAUGUGAGGAGUGUGAUCUGGCCCAGUGGCCAGAAAAUGUUCCCUGCCCCUGUCCUAGAUAAUGGUAUCUCUUGGCACUGUCUCGUGCUUUUACUCUGGGAGAAUGAAUGUAAAAUAAGAGAGCUGCAGAUUGAUCAGUGGCUAUAUUUACAAACAUAGCACUUAGGAAAAGACUUCUGUGAACAUGCUUCAGCAUAAUUCAGAUGCAAUGCUAAAUUAUGGUUUGGUGUUACAUGAACAAACCUGUGCAAACUUUGGGCUCAUGCACCCAACCCCUUCCUCUGGUGUGGCUAAGAGGAGCAGUUUGGAAGCUUUUCUUUUUUUACCCACUUCACAAGAGUUUGGACUUACUAGUUAGUUUUGAUACCUGAACCUGGUUUUCUAAAGUAAUUAUUUUGAUCUUUCCUUGAAUUCUUUCAUUACUCUUGUUGCUUCAUCCAAAUAUUUCCCUAUUUGUCUUCAUCUUAGUCCUGCCUCUGCACUUUUGAUUCCUUCUGCCUUACAUCUUUUUUAUGUCUCUUGCAGUAUAAACACAAAGGUAGAAUUCAAAUAUUUAUAUAGGAGAACUUUGCUGGUGGUGUUGAACAAGCUUAGUCCUUCCCUUGUAUAAUGAAAUGUUUUGCUGCUAUAUGUAGACACAAUGGAUAACUGGGAUGAAAAGAAACUGGAGGAGGUAGUGAACAAGAAGCAUGGUGAAGCUGAAAAGAAGAAACCCAAAACCCAAAUAGUAUGUCUGUCUUGUUUUGUAUUGGAAUACCUAGUUUAAAUCUUAUAUAUUACAUACCUCAUUUUUAGCAGAAAAAAAACCAGUUUAUAAAAUGACAGGAUAUUCUUAUUGUGUGACUUGUGGCUGAAAAUAAGCUGUGAUGCAAAUAAGCUGAAUUGUUAAAAAAAUACUAUGGCAACAGCUUGAACUUUUAAGGACAAAAUAGCUCAGGGACCACCUGGUGACAUUAUAUGAUAAUGCCAAGGUACGAUAAACAAUACUAAAUAGAAUGAGAAGUAGCUCAGAGAUGUAAUUACUUUAUGUAGUUAUUAGUACAAUAUAGGUAAAAUCCAGUCCAUAAUAAUUACAAGUACUCUUGUUUUGAAACUAUACUAUUUACUAGUGUUUAUCAAAACCUUAUGUGUGAUAAUUAGUUGAUUCAGCAAAUGGAGUCUGGAAGUCCAGUUUUAUAACCCAUUACUAUUAAAUUUGAGUAUUGGGGGCUGGGGGGCUUGUGUUAUGUUGUAAAUAAAAUUCCAGUAAAAAAAAAUUGAAUUAUAAGGUGUAAUUGCUGUUCACUGUAUAGUACAAUGACAUAUAGAUGGCAAUUCUGUGGUGUCACGAAAUUAUUUCAUAGACUGUAAUCUCAAACUUGAUUUUAUUUAAAAGUAGAUAUUCACCGUAACCUGCAAAUCAAAGAACAAUGAUUGAAACAUGAUACUACUUUCCUAGGUAAAAAUUGUUCCAUGGAGGUCUUAUUCUUCCAAAUCAAGAUAAAUGUAUACUUUUUUGAAGUUUUGACUAAAGGUAACCAUUAAACCAGAGAGCUAGCCAGAGUGGUAAGGAAUGCUGCUCUAUACAUUCUAAGCCCAGCUGAAUGUACAGACUCCUUAGUGGGGUUUCUUCUGAAUUUGCUGCCAAAGUCAAGAGAACUUAACAUUUCUCUGUAUUGUGCCAGAUUCUGCUAUGUAACCACUACAUUCAGUCAUGAUUGAUUUAUACAUGUCAUACAUUUAGGGGUUCUGGAAGAAAUUCAGUGUCACGCUAAGAUCAGGGCAAGCAUUUCAAUUUGCCAGACAGAAUGAUCCCCCUCUCCUUCCAUUACAUGCUGUUGCAGGGGUUAUCUCAGUCCCAAUUUGGAGGGAUGCAGUAGGGAGGAGGAAUGUUUGUGCCCCACUGCAAAAGCUGAAGUUGUUAUACAAAAUUUCCACUUAUAGGACUCAUUGAUUGAAUCUCGCCCACUGCAUCUGAUAACUUUAAAAAUAGGUACAACUGCUGAGUGAAUGUAGAUUUAAUUAUCAUACUAUGGUAACUUCAUCCACUGUGUAGUGCAGCAUUUCCCAAACUUGGGUCUCCAUCCAUUUCUGGACUACAGCUCCCAUCAUCCCAAGCUAGCAGGACCAGUGGUUUGGCAUAGACACCUGGUUUGGUGACCAGAGCCUAAGAUUCAUUCUGCCUUUUGUGUCUAUAAAAUGAAGACAAUGUGUGAUAAUAAAUGUUCCAUGCAGGUCUGCAAGUAUUUCCUCGAUGCUAUUGAAAACAAUAAAUAUGGAUGGUUUUGGGUCUGUCCUGGUGGAGGAGACAACUGUAUGUACCGCCAUGCGCUCCCUCCUGGCUUCGUACUCAAGAAGGACAAGAAGAAAGAAGAAAAGGAAGAAGAAAUUUCUUUAGAAGAUCUAAUAGAAAAAGAGGUAACGUAGUCAUUUUCUCUCUAAAAAUACAGUAGUUUGUCACUUUGAUGUUGUGAGGUUAUUUUAGCAAUGAGGAGUCUUUAGUUAACUGGAUUUUUGUAUACCUGAGCCUUAAUAUGGACACUUUAAUUUUUUAAAAGGCUUAUUUCAGUAAAAUUUAGCAAUUUCUAUCCAUAAUUGGAGAAGAUUUAUUGGAUUACAGCAGAUUUUUUUGUAAUACUCUACUCAGGUUUUUUUUAAAAAAAACAAUUUCUGCAACAUCAGGAAUCAGUACUGAUUUCCUGCCUCCAAGGGACAGCUAUAUUUACUUUUUUAAAAAUGUGUUUAUAUAUUCAAACUGAAUACAGUGUAGCACUUCAUGCUAAAUAUCUGAUUACUAAUGAAUGUGGCUUGCCAUGUACUUGGAAAAUGUUUACUCAGAGAAGAACAUUUAUGGGUAUUAGUGCAUCAUCUAGUCUUUUUGACAUUAGGUAAUUCUUUAUUCUGGCUGUAUUUCAUGUUUACUAGUUCCUUGUAGGCUCAGAGGAAACUAUGAGAACAAUAAUGGAGAUUUGCUGAGAUUCAUAGAACAAAAGCUUCUGCAGAAGGGCUGUAUUUAAUUGCUUUAAGGCUUUUUCUUAAUGUACUGGAGAGAAAAAAUAAAUCUUCUAAAAGCGUGCUCAGUUAAUAAUGUUUUCUCUUACAGCGUGCAGCCUUAGGAGCAAAUGUUACUAAAAUUACUUUAGAGUCUUUUCUGGCAUGGAAGAAAAGGAAAAGACAAGAAAAAAUUAAUAAGGCUGAGCAAGAUAUGGAAAGAAGAAAAGCAGACUUUAAGGCUGGCAAAGCACUGGUGGUAAGUUCUGUGUAGCCUGAUCUAUAACAUUAAAGUCAUGACACACAGGCAAACAUUUUUCAGUGAAGCGAAAUGUUCCGAACUCUCGAAUGUAUAUUACUGUUUCAUAUUGUGAUCUUUCUUUGUGGCUAGAUCAGUGGGCGUGAAGUGUUUGAGUUCCGGCCAGAGCUGGUCGAUGCAGAUGAUGAAGAAGCAGAUGACACCCGUUAUAUUCAAGGAACAGGUGAAGAUGAGGUAAAGGAGAUCCAAGAGUAUUGUAUGCAAUCUCAAGACAACCAAAGAAUAGCCUUAUUUCCAUGGUUGAGGAACUUACAUAAUGAACUGUAGCAUUAUUAGUGACCACUAUGUACCAGGUGCCUUUUGAUCACAGCAUGAUCUGCUGUGGGUCAGCUGCACUGAAUGCAGUGGGACUUAAAGCCUACACUGAUUCUGCUGUAAGUAAAAUUAAAAUAACUUUUCCCCCCUUUCAGGUUGAUGAGCAGGUGGAUGUAAAUGAUGUGGACUUGAACCUGUAUGUUCCAAAAGCCGUAGAUGAGACUGGAAUUACAGUAGCAAGUCUAGAACGAUUUAGCACAUACACUUCAGCUGAAAAAGAUGGUAAGAUUUGUGUGUUCUGUGUUCUUAAGAUCUGCAGUAGUAUUUAAACUUUGAAAGGUUAUUGAUAUGUUCGGGAUUUUAAUUGAUAUAUUCAGGAUUGUAGUCAAUGAAGCUGCCCUGUUUAUGCAAGAACUUGCCCUUGCGCAUUGGAAUGGCCUUUCCAUUCCUUCCCCACACUCUCUCUGAUCCCUUCUAGGGGUUCCCCCAACACACUAGAGCAGAUUUGGGGGCAGAGGAAAUUCCAUUGUUAAAGUGGAAGUCCUUGGCACAAAUGGAAUUCUGUUAUUGGAUUCAACCUUUCAUGCAUGGGUGUAGGCAGGGGAGACAGCUGCCUCCCCUAAAGCGAGUAAAUCAAUAAAAAAUACUUAAUUAACUGAGGUUCUGCCCCCUCUAGCAUAAAUCCUGGCAACGCCCAUGCUUUAAUAUUUCGUGCCACAGUGUGUGACUCCUAUGUUUUCAAUUUAUCCUUGCAGUUUGUAUAUGGAAUAGAUUGCAAAACAUUAACUUGGGUAGAGGUAGUUAUCCCUUUUAAAAAGUUACUUAUGUAUCUUUCCUGUACACGGACAUGUGUAAUGAUAUAUAGCAUUGUAUCCAUUAUGACCCAUCCAGCUCUAUAUAUAAUGGAAUAUAGAUUGUUAAAUAAAUAAAUCCUUCCCAUCUGGCUGGUAUCCAUUACCAGCAUGAAAAUUAAAUUUUAUCUUUAUAACUUAGGGUUACAAUAAUGUCACUCAUUUCCCCAUUCCCCUCCUUUCCAUUUCUCAUUCUUUCUAAAAUCUUCAGGAUAGAGACGAUGGAAAAAUGCAUUGGCAUAUUUAAUAUCCAUUUUCUAGCUCUUGUUGUGGUUUUCUUUGGAACACAUUAUUUCUGAAGCUGCUAAAAUUAUAUAGUCACUAUACACAGAUUAAAAUGAGAACAUUACUGGCCUACAGGUUUGGAAUCUAAAAGACAUGAUAAAAAGGAGUGGGGGUGAUAGGGAGAGGAAAACAAGCAGGCAUCAACUCUUCUUCUUAUUAUUAUUUAUCAUUAUUAUUUAUACCCCACCCAUCUGGCUGGGUUUCCCCAGCCACUCUUGGCGGCUCCCAACAGAAUUAAAAACACAAUAAAACAUCAAACAUUAAAAACUUCCCUAAACAAGGCUGCCUUCAGAUGUCUUCUAAAAGUCAAAUAGUUGUUUAUUUCCUUGACAUCUGAUGGGAGGGUGUUCCACAGGGCGGGCGCCACUACCGAGAAGGCCCUCUGCCUGGUCACAUAGUUCUUAAAAUGACAAGCUUGAAUGGAAACAGUUCAGAAAGAGGAAAAGCUAAAUUACCAACUGAACUUUAAACCAGGUCUAUGGAGAGAGGCCUGAUGUUCCUUUGCCCUCUGCUACCAUUAGGAAAAAGCAAAACAAAGCAAAAAAUCACAGAACAAAAAUAUCAGCAACAAAAGCAGUCAUUCUCGGUGAGCUCACAAGCAAAAAAUGUGGAGGAACACUAUAAAAUUAAAGCAGUGUAAUAAUGGCCACCAAACUCCCAAGAAAUUCCUAUCAAGGAGAAGGCUCAGAUAAAGCUGUAGUUUUUAAGUCCAGGAAGCCUCUGAGGGACUUGAGUGUAAGUGUGCUCAGGACUAAGUAGCAAAUAUUUCUGAUUUCUGUGACGUUUACUUCAAAAUAAGGGUGGUUUGCUCACUCUGGAAAGUAUCUAACAAAGUAGUUCAAUUAGCACACAAACUUCCAGCUAUGCAGUGGAAUUUCUCCUUCCUCUCCCUUCCCCACAGACUCCCUAAAUCUGUUUUGGGGUUUCCCCCAAUCCUUGAGCACAUUUAAGGAGGGCCUGUGAGGAGAGGGAAGAAAUGUUUGAUUGCACAAAUGGAAUUCUCCUAGCGCUAAUAGAAUUCCUUCAUUGGAAUCCAAUAUAUAUUUUUCAGAUACAUCAGCCUCACUUUCUAGAGUUGUGUAGCCAAUUUUCUUAGCCUGCUUAACAUCAGCAGGAAAAAUAGGUUGGUGUGUUUAAAUGGUACAUGGUACGAAUUGUUUUCACUUUCAGAUAACAAGUUGAGUGAAGCUUCUGGAGGUGGACUGGAGAAUGGAGAACAAAGUGAUUUGGAAGCUGACAGCGACAUGGAGGGCACCCAGGAAAAUGGAGUAAUUGAUGCAGUCCCAGUUGAUGAAAAUCUUUUUACUGGCGAGGAUUUGGAAGAACUAGAAGAAGAACUAAACACACUUGAUUUAGAGGAAUGAACAUUUAGAGGAAUGAAUCUACUUGACAACGUUAAUACUAUCUCCAUUCUUAUGUGGAGUACUCUUGGUUCCUCACAUGAUUCUGGGGAAAAAAAACAUUAAACAGAAAUAUCUUUCCCCCCAAUUUUUUCCUGAUUCAGUCUUAACCAGCUUAAUAAACUUCCCAGAUAGUACACUGAGAAAGAACUCUCUUAAUGUACAAUGACGUAAUGAAAUCCCCGCCAAAAGUAGGAAGUCGAUCACAACUUUUCCAGGAUGUGUGAAGGGGUGUGUUGCUACCAAGUCCAGGAAGAGGUCAAGAAUUCCUUCAGUAGAACUGCAUUUGAAAUAAGUAUUUUGAGUGAUUAAGUUUGUGCUACGAUACUGUAAGUCGAAGUGAUAACAGGUUGAAAUGGCUGUGUUCUUAAAAGUGCUGGAAUUGCUUUUGAUUAUUUGACCAAACAGAUACCUAAGGUAGAGAUUCAUAAAAUCACACAAGUAUGGUCCCUGCUUCUAAAUUUUAAAGUUAAUCCACCAAGGUGUAAAUAAAGACUAUCUGGUUAAAAAAAACAAACCAUGUUGGUUCUACAUUAGUGUAUAUGCAUGUUUUGCAAAUAUGCAGUAGACCUAAACAAUAGCACUUCUGCAAGUAUGAUUAAUUGCAGUUUAAAGUGUAAUUUAUAGAUUGCCUGUGUGUGAAAAGGCUUCUUCUGCCUGCUGAAAAAUCCCAGUAUAUGCAAAAUGUACUUGCCAUGACUUCAUCAUUCUUUCUGGUUUUCAGGCAUAUCCAUUUGUAUGUAGUGUAAAUUUUGUGAGAUUUGGGAAUUAGUAGUACUGGAAUUCUGCUUUCAGCAAUCAAAGCAGGAGAUUCCUGCAUUCUUUGGAGUACAGAGCCAAAUGGAUUUAAAUUUAGCUGUAAUGUUGAAAAGACAAAUACCAUAUUACAGUGGUAUUUUUAAAAAAUGCGUUAGCCCAGGUAGUUCAACAUUAAAUACAGCAACUCGCUUUGCAUUUUUUGUAGCAAAGUUUAGAAGUUUUUCUGGCAGAAUAGCUUGCAAACCAGUGAUGUGGAAAGAGCUUUCAGACAAAUGUUACAUUUCAUGUGGCACAGACCUCUGGCUUAGAAUGUGAAUAUAGCCUUGAUCAUUUCAAAAGUGUUUUUAGUCCCAUAUUUCAGUACAAAUGGGAUAUGUUGCUAUAUGACCCAAGUACUAAAAUCUAGAAAUUCUUGAUAGAUUUUUUUUAAUGGAAAAUUACUUGGAAGGGAUAUUGUGAACACUGGAAACUGAAAAUGCCUUGACUAAUCUGUCCAGCUGGUGAGAGGUAAUGCUUCAUCCAGUACUGGGGGGGAAAGUUAAAACAUAAUGCUAAAUAAGAUAAUGCUGAAGAUUGAUUUGUAGAACUGAAUGUUAAUGGACUAGCCAUCAAAGUUCAUAGAACCUUCCCAGCCGGUGGCUGGAUUAAAAUAGAAAAACUUGGAUCAUCCUAUACCUAAGUGGGAUCUGUAGGGUUGCUUAUAUAUUUUAUGUGUACUUUAUUUUUCACCGUCUCCUUCAUUGCUCACUUUUUUUCAUACAGACCUCUUAUUGAGUUGAGAUUCAUUUGAAUCACAAUGUCUUGCUUAUCUGCCUUAAUUUUUCCAGAACCAAGUAGAGUUGUGGGCUUCCGUUUGUCAUACAUCCUGCUUUUUAUUUUUUAAAAAGCACUUGAAUUAUUUUUUUUAGCACUGCAGUAUGCUUGUUUUCAAGGAAAAUGAAGAGUAAAUGUUGUUGAGCAUCUUGAUGUUAUUCUCUUUUUCAAAAGUUUGGAAAACUUUCCUCUCUAAAAUGUAGACUGAAGAUUAAACAGCAGACCCAGCCAUUUUUAGUUGUGGCUAAUGUGGCCUUAUUUUUGAAGUAGUAAUUCUUACAUUAUUACUAUGCCAAGCAAACCUUAAUAAGACACAAAUGGCUUCUUUGAUUCCUCUAUCCUGAAAGUGGGUUAGCCUUUUGAAUUGUAGUGGAUGAUUGUGUUUAUACUUGUGCUAUUAUUUUCCAAAAGACAUUGAAUAACUUUGUAUUCAAGUUCAGUUAUAGCGAAGGAAAAGACAAGAUCAUGUUGAGAUUGAAUCCUCAGUUUAAUUGCAGUGUGCAGUGAACCACAUGGAGAAAAUGCAUCUAGAUCAUAUAACAUAGGAAUUAUUGUAAAUCAGUGGCUCUGCAGCUCUUAAUUUUCUCAUGUACCGUGUGUUAUGAAAUGUUCUCUUCCAGAACUAUAACAUGUUUCCUGACUAAAUAUUCAUUUCAGCCAUAUUCCUGCAUUUGGCAGUGUUUUGUAAAAUUAUAAAUAGCCUUGGUUGAAAGAUGACCCCCCCCCCAAAAUUUCUUACUAAGUAAUAUGGUAUAAGACAUAUUAAACUGGGGGAAGUUUCACUAAAUUUUAGAGUAGUUGAAUUUUCUACACACAGUUUAGCAAAAUAGUGGCUUUCAAAUUUUCAUAAGGUUUGCUAGAUUUUGUGUUCCCCCUACUUCAACUGAGGCUGACCUUAAGGGUGUUCCCACUGUUCCUUUGCAGUUGUAAACUUGAUUGCCACUAAUGAUAUUUUCAUUAAGGGAUCCUUGAGAAGCUUCCUAGGUACUCCAGGAUUCCCUGAAAUAUAGUUAGGAAACCACUGUAAUAGUCAUCUGUUCAUAUGCGUCCAAACUGUAGGGAUGGGGGAUCCCAAACUUAAUCUAGUCAGGUGGUAUGGUGUGGUAUAUCUUUCUAGUCAUGUUAUAGUCAUGACUUUGCUUUGUGGCCCUUAUUUUUGUGUUUGGUUGUUUUCUAGAGAUUAAUGAAUUUUUAACCGUGCCUAGAAAUGUUUUGCUCCCAAGUGGGAGCUCUAGUUCCCAAAUUGUAGGAUGGGAUCCCCGUCAGGUUUGAAAUGAAUGAAGAGUGGGUGUAAAGACCCUUAGACGCAGCAUGUCUUACCUACCACCCAAAGUCCUGGAUAGUCUGCAGUGGACACAGCUGUGCUUAAACGAAUUUUGUAGGCCUGGGGAGAGGAAACUGACUCUCCAGCUCUUCCCAUCAUCCUUGACCACUGACCAAGCUGCCUGAGGCUGCUGGGAGUUGGAAUCUGGGGGAAUCACAGGUUCCUCACCCUUAGAUACCUAUGGAGGAGAUGAUUGACACUUACGGAGUGGGGGCAGAAGGUGUAAACUUGGAAAGGGAGCUGAGCUGGAAAAGUUUGAAAAAUUCUGCCUUAGUUUGUUACACAGGGGCGAGAGAACCUUACAGAUGUUGGUCAUCUGUAUGAGAUCUGUAAAGGAACAGCGCUUUGCCUACAUUUUUCACUUGAAAAGGUGAGUGAAAUAUCCUCUAUUUUUGUUCAUAGUGUGUGGUAGGAAUCAUUAUUUACAUCCUGCCUAGCAUAUUUACUCUUGAAUGUGUGUAUGUAUAUUGGGUGGGGCGGUCCACCAGUGAUCACGAUUGGGGAGGCGGCUACUAAAACAAUUCCUAUCCUUCAGCACUGAAAUCAGUGCAUACUUUGCCUGAGAAGUAAACCUGCUAACAAAGGGUUUAAAAAUUGGAAAUUGUGAUUUUUGUAGUCCUCUGUCAAUGGAGUUACAGCAAGGUCUGAAUCCAGUGUAGUCCCCUUUGCUGUGUGGUCUUGCAUGCUCACAUACUCGUAAUAAGGGAGAUGCAAAGAUUAUUCACUAGUGAGGGUACAACUCAAAUACAAAGCACAACUUAAAACACUUAGUGUCCUAGAAUAAGUAUUGCCUAACUACUGUGCAGAUCUAGUAUAUCAGCAAAUGGAUGCUUUUUGUGACGAGAGAACCAGCUGUUACCUUUAUUUAAAACCCUGUUUAAGUGCUCCCAUAAGGUGUUUUUUCCAGUUAACUGGUAGGCAUUGCUGGCAGGUGGUGAUGUAUAUUAAAUUAGUUGACAUGGAAAUCAGUGAGCCUAUAAAAUUGCCAUUUCACCAUCUUCUCAAAUUUUCACAGCCCUCUAGUGGCUAUGGUGGCUCAUUUACCAGAAGUAAUGUAUUUAACAUUAACUCUGGAAGUAUAUACUCGAUUCUGACCGAACUAGGCUCUCUUGGUAUAUUUUGCAACCUACAAUAAAUUAGGCCAAAUAUAUUUGGGAAACAAGUUACCCACCCCAUGUACCGUAUUGGCCCAAAUAUAAGCUGCACCCGAAUAUAAGCCACACCUUUAAAAUUCGGGGGGGGGGAGAGAAAAAGAGACAAUACCUGAAUCUAAGCUGCUCCCUUAAAAUUCUACAGGCAUUCACACCCAUUCUAUUUUACUGUAUGUCUGUUUCAGCAGCGAUCUCGUAAAAGCCAAUUUUUGUAAGGUCAUGAAUUUAAGCCGCACUUUAACUUUUCACAGUCAGAAUUUGAUAAAAAAGUGAGGCUUAUAUUCAGGGCAAUACAGUAUAUACUGCAUAUGCUGAGCCAAGAUAUGUGCAGGAACACCAUCCUAUAAGCAGCACACACAGUUCCCAGUUAAGAGAUACAUCCAAGCUACAAUUCUGUUGUUGGUCUCACUUUAAUAACCACCUCACCAGGUUUGCAUACCCUGUUCUGUUAUAAAUGCUUUCUUUGGUUUAAUUACCUGCUGGUCAUUGGGCUGGCAUCCAAGAAAUGAGCUGUUUCCUGUGUUUGUUGCUUCUGCCGUUAAAGCUGUGAACCAUUAAUGAAUGCAGGAGAGAGUGAUGUUGAAUGCUCAUAGACUUGUAGAUUUCCUCCUCUGCUCUCAGUCAUGUUAUGUUAUUAUCAGAGUGGAAAGUACCCAUAGCACCAAUCAGAUGCUUCUUUCCCAUCCCUGCCCCUUAAAGGGAAGAUAACCCUGUGAGCCUAUAUAGUUUUACCAAAGAGGAGUUUGAAGCUUCAUGUACAUGGGAUUUAAAUCUGGAUCCUUGUGCAUUUGCUUUACCCCAUGCAGUCAAAUAUGCUAGCAGUUUUAUUGUUGCGCCAUCCUUUUAAGGCUCUACCAUAUUAUCAACUAUUAUAUUGUAACCUGCCCCAGGACUCCUAUGAUGAAGAGUGAGUAAGCAAUCUUAUAAAUAAACAACUUUCGUCUGAGUAUAACCC